CAGACACGAACAGUUGUUAGUCACCAAGCAACUCAUACUUCACCGCCAAUUGACUGGAGCAGACAUGAAGUACGGCGUCUCCACGACUUACCAGUUACGAAUAUGACUGCAGUUCUUAGAUCUCUCAAAUUCUUAGAGUUUAAAAUAUCUACCUCAGAAAAAAUACCGUACUCUUAUUUUAAAGAGUCUCUUGAAUUUAUUUCUAAAAACUUGAAUAAAACUAUUCCAGGAUGUGUGUCCAGCUUUUGCGUUGAACUACUAAAAAUUUGUGACACUUUUGAAGGUGCCAUGGUUCUCCGAGGCUGUGAGAAGUUUUAUGAAGAAUUUUAUCAACGAAGUAUUGAUCUGCAAAUUGCUGAAAGACGUCGACUCUUGGAAACAACAAUAUUUUCGGAACAAAAGUUUACGGAAUUCUUACAAGCAUCGGGUCAAAAGCGAAUAGUGGAGGAUAUUGAAGAAGCCGCAUCGUCCAAUGAAAAGCGUGUUUGUCAUAACGUCGUGCCUGAAUUUUCCCGAAAUUGCGACAUAGAAGAAAAUAAAAACAACGAGGAG